CUAGGGAGGAGAAUCGUAGGAGACUCUGGGCCUUUGUUGGUGCCUCCUGCUCAGCUGGGAUUCUGCAAGCACAAAUCCUGGCUGUUCCCGGAGCCACCGGUCCCUGGUUCCCACUGGCCCAGCUGUCACCUUGUUCUUGCAUCCUGAGCCUGGCCUGCGCUCAGGCCUACUGGACAGAGGGACGUGGGGCCUGGUGGACAGAGUGACACAUGCGGUCCUUGCUUCUGCAGACAUGGCCGUGCAGAAUUUCGUAGGAGACGCCUGUCGUGGAGCUACCUGGGUCGCGCUUCACAACGGAGGGGGCGUGGGCUGGGGAGAGGUGAUCAACGGGGGCUUUGGCCUUGUGCUGGAUGGGACCCCAGAGGCCGAGCAGAAAGCAAGAGCGAUGCUCAGCUGGGACGUCUCCAACGGCGUGAGUACCCCCUGGACCCCCGGCUCCUCUUCUGCCCCAUCCGAGGUCUCGCCUCCCGAGCAGAUUCAGACUGCACAUCGGGGCCAGAGUUCUCCAGCACCCAGGGGCUCCUCCCGCCCUCCCCGGCCACUCCAGACCUUUUCUAGAACCUUCUUUGCAGUCUCUGACCCGGAUCUCACCCGUUCCGUGCAGCCUGUCUCUGAGGUGGCCCCAGCAAUCCCAGCCCUUCCUCCGGGCAGAGCCACCCCCAGCGCUGAAAGGUCUCACUUGGGGAUGGGGCGGGACCUCGCUCAACCAUGUGGCUGCGUUUUUCUUUUGGUCCCAGGGAUGGAGCCCAGGGGGCUGGUGUCACCCUCUAGUGUCCUGGACUGGGGGACCAUGACCACUUCAUCACACAGACGAACCCGUCCAGGCCCAGAGAGGUGA